AGCAAAGCAAGAACACCGAUCAGAAAGCCAGAUCCAGGGAAGACAAAUGUCCUAUUUGUCUGUGUAACGUUACAGAUAAGAAAACCUUAAGUAAAUGUGGCCAUUCAUUUUGUGCUGGCUGUAUUGAUGUCGCAUUUAGACAUCAGAAGAAAUGUCCAGUUUGUUCACAAGUUUAUGGUCCUUUAAUUGGAAAUCAGCCUCCAGGAACGAUGACUGUUAAUGCCCAGUCGACAUCUCUUCCUGGUCUUGGACUGUGCGACACUAUUGUUAUAACUUACAGGUUUCCAAAUGGGACACAAGGCCCAAACCAUCCUAAUCCUGGUAACUCAUAUUCGGGAACAAUCCGAAUUGCUUAUUUGCCCGACAACAAAGAAGGACGAAAAAUUCUCAAUCUGUUGAGGAAAGCAUUUGAUCAGAAAUUGAUGUUCACAAUUGGACGAUCAAAGACAACUGGAGCUAAUAAUGUUAUAACUUGGAAUGGUAUUCACCAUAAAACCAGCAGAACAGGAGGACCAACAAAGUAUGUUGAAAACUUGAAACGUUUUUGUAAAGGAUGAAUAACAGGUUGAUAAUUCACUUUCUAAAAAAUACCUUAAUAGAUCUAAUUCAAUUACAUGUUGACUUUUAUUUCAGCUUUGGUUAUCCGGACCCAGAUUACCUGAAGAGAGUUCAAGAUGAUCUGGCCGCGAAAGGAAUUACGGAAUAA